AUGCAAACCAUAAAGUGUGUUGUUGUCGGUGAUGGUGCCGUUGGUAAAACUUGUCUUUUAAUUUCAUAUACAACAAGUAAAUUCCCUGCAGAUUAUGUUCCAACAGUUUUUGAUAAUUAUGCAGUUACAGUCAUGAUUGGUGAUGAACCAUUCACAUUAGGUUUAUUCGAUACAGCAGGUCAAGAAGAUUAUGAUAGAUUAAGACCGUUAUCUUAUCCUUCAACUGAUGUUUUCCUUGUUUGUUUUUCAGUCAUUUCCCCCGCGUCAUUCGAAAAUGUUAAAGAAAAAUGGUUUCCUGAAGUUCAUCAUCAUUGUCCUGGGGUACCUUGUUUAAUUGUUGGUACUCAAACUGAUUUAAGAAAUGAUGAAGUUAUUUUACAAAGAUUACAUAGACAAAAAUUAUCUCCAAUUACUCCAGAAAUGGGUGAAAAAUUAGCUAAAGAAUUAAGAGCAGUUAAAUAUGUUGAAUGUUCUGCUUUAACUCAAAGAGGUUUAAAAACUGUUUUCGAUGAGGCAAUCGUUGCAGCUUUAGAGCCUCCAGUUAUUAAGAAAUCAAAGAAAUGUACCAUUUUGUAA